AUGAAGGUCGAGAAGAUCGACGAAGAGGUCGAGAAGAUCGACGAAGAGGUCGAGGAGAUCGAUGAAGAGGUCGAGGAGAUCGAUGAAGAGGUCGAGGAGAUCGAUGAAGAGGUCGAGGAGAUCGAUGAUGAGGUUGAUGAACAUUCCCCAGCCCUUCCCAUUGACCCUAACGAACAGGGUCCCGACCAAUACUUGCACACGAAGAGAACCUUCAUUCCAGCUCUCGUGUUGUUACUGGUCGGACUCGUGGUGCUCGGGUGUGUGGCGGAGACUCAACUGAUGGUGGGGGCGCCCUUGCCCGUGGAACUGAACGUCUCCACUGGAGAUUGGUGCAUGCCCGAGGUCUCGAACAUCAGUGAAAUCGAGUACCACUCGGGCCACCGCUUCUAUUCAGCAUUGAAGGACAUGAGUCCACUCGAAGCGCCAACGUUUCGUGGUUCCCACAGAGUGUUAUGCGGACAAGAGAUGCAAUGGAAGCAGGACUACACCUACUGCUUGCCGAUCUCAGGAAGUGUCGACACCCCUUUUUGCACGGCAGCUGAUCGAACGGAUCUACUAAACGUGCGUACACCCGAGUCACUGUGCUACGCUAGCGUGCUGCACAUGUUACUGGUCGAUGUGUACGACGAACUUUUGGCGACGGGAAACAUUCCGCUCAUCCUCUAUGGCUCGCUCCUUGGUGCUGUUCGAAAUGGAUCCGUCAUCCCGUACACGGAAGACAUUGAUAUUGGAUACGUUAACAAAUUCCGAGCGACACGUCAGGUCCAAAAAGCGCUUCGAAAGAAAGGGUACCACAUGUUCGAUUACUACAUUUGGCGCGUGUGUGUGGCGCCAACACAUCCGCUGGCUUCCCGUCUCUAUGACCCCAGUUUACCACUCACGACGGAGUACAGCGUGCCGUACUUGGACUUGUACAGAGUGAAGAAUGGCACGAGAGGUUACUAUGAUGUAGCGAUGCUAGAAGGCAGCCACGGUUCCCUGCUGGCGAGAAAAAAGGUCGAGCCGUUCUCGCAAGUAAUGAUCAAUGGCAUGCCUUUUGACACGGUGCACGACCCGCACUUCUUCUUGACGGAGGCGUAUGGACCUGACUACAUGACUCCGAUACAGCGAACAAAACCGAGCUUACUUCCGGAAACAUCAUCAUCCUCAUCCGAAACGUGA